AAACUACUGCAGGAAGUGAUUAUAAAGACUAUCACACUCCAAUAAGCCGAAAAGCUUGAGGUCUGUUAAGAGUGAGCUCGUAUCUGUUGCUCCAAUUCAUCUGGCCACUACCAGAGACAACUACAGAGAACAUCCCGUUCAGCAGAGACCAAGACGAGAAUUGGUUGAAUACCAACCGAAUCCUGUUCCCUUCCGAGGUGAGACCACGAGUAAAGAGAGCUUUAGAGGUCAGACUGCUCCCAAACAGAGGAGUCUCAAGCCGAACAGCAAGCCAGCUAGUUCGUAUCCCCCAUUCGAUGCCACCACCGUGUCCAGGUCGGAUUAUCCGGACCCUCAGUUUCUGCCAAGGCCACAGAAGCGAGCCACCGACCAGCUUCAAGUGACCUUGGAUCAAGGUCAGGCAUCACGCCGGGAAGCAUUCACGAGACAGGCGUCCGCGAAACCGAUGUCCUACAAACCUGAACACAAGCCCGUGGCUUCUGGCAUACCUUUCACGGCCCAGUCCAUGACGCAGGACGACUACAGGGCUCACGGCGUUUCGCCGUACCAGAAGCAACGGGAGCGAGCCAAGUGGGAGAGACCCCAUGGCACGAUGGAACUGUUCACCACUAGUCAAGCGUCUUACCGGGAUAACGCCAGCGCAGCGAACGUCACACCAGUGCGUCCCUACAGCCACACGACCCUGCCCAAUGCAGCCGGCUGGCCGGACCAACAAGAAUACGUGAGGCAGCGGCCCAAGACAGUGAGACUCCAGGGCAGCGUAACGCCAUCUACUGGCCAGUUCGAUGCACUGUCAACAACUCGCAGUGAUUUUAAGCAGUACCCGACACAGGAAUCGAGAAGUAACCGGCCAACUGCGGCGCCGUACCAGAUCAUCGCACCAUUCGACACUACACCACCACACAUCAAACUGUCCGUCCCAAAACCCCCUUGUCCCGCGGCAUUGCUCGACACUCCCAAGAGUGGCUACGUGUUCCAAGUGCAGCUGCCGACCGGACACAAGCUUUAUGAACAGCAGGAACGGCAGACGCUCCGAAAUCACACGAUCACCGCCCACUCGUAGCGUUCGAAGCAUCCGACGAUGAUGUCAUUAAAGCGGGGGACACACCAUGCGAAUUUAUUCGCACAUCCGCAGCGAUUGUAAAAUUGCAGCGAAAUUUGCAUGGUGUGUCUGCUCAAGCGCGGGCGAAUUUCGCUGCGAAUCUCAUCCGCACUGAAAUUUGCGGCGAUCAAACAUGUUUGAUAUUUUUGCUGCGGACGUGCGGACGUGCGAAUAUAGACUGGUACCCGUCCCUUCUCACAAGCUCGAUAUAGGCCUAUAUCGAGCUUGUGAGAAGGGAUGGGUAAAAAUGGAUAAAAAAUUCUUUUCUAGUGCGAAUAAUGGCCGAUUGUUAUAAUGCAGCGAAUCAUUGAUCAGUAUGCUAAUCACGUGACCACAUGACUGUUGGAGCCAUGGUGGAG